UCGUCCAGAUUCAGUUUUCAUGAGAGAUGGAGACGAUCUGGCUCUACCAGUUUCGUCUGAUCGUCAUCGGAGACUCCACCGUGGGCAAGUCGUGUCUGAUCCGCCGCUUCACCGAGGGCCGCUUCGCCCAGGUGUCGGACCCCACCGUGGGGGUGGACUUCUUCUCCCGCCUGGUGGAGAUCGAGCCCGGAAAAAGGAUCAAGCUCCAGAUCUGGGACACCGCCGGACAGGAGAGGUUCAGGUCCAUCACCAGAGCCUACUACCGGAACUCGGUGGGCGGCCUCCUGCUCUUCGACAUCACCAACCGCCGCUCCUUCCAGAACGUCCACAACUGGCUGGAGGAGGCCCAGAGCCACGUGCAGCCGCACGGCAUCGUCUUCCUGCUGGUCGGCCACAAGUGUGACCUGGAGGCCCAGCGGCAGGUGACCCAGCAGGAGGCGGAGAAGCUGGCGCAGGCGUUCGGGAUGCGCUACGUGGAGACGUCGGCGCGGGACGCCAUCAACGUGGAGAAGGCAUUUGUGGACCUGACGAAGGACAUCUUCGAGCUGGUGCGCAGCGGGGACAUCAAGAUCCAGGACGGCUGGGAGGGCGUCAAGAGUGGGUUCGUCCCCAACACUGUCCACUCCUCCGAAGAGGUCACCAAGAGCGGCCGGCAGUGUUUCUGCUGAUUCAAAACAGCUCUCUACUUUUGUUUUUGGAAAAUCUCUCUCUCUCUCUCUCUCUCUCUCUCUC